CGCUUGAAACCCAAAUAUAUUUCACACUCCAAGAUUCAAAAUCGAUCCAGUUAGGUAAGCGGCAGUAGACAACGAGCGGCCUCAUCGAUUGUGGAAUCUGGCAGGUUACCAGAAUGGAGGCUGAAAUCCAGGCUCAAAUUCCCAACAUUGAUCACGUCUUGUCUGAAUACUCCGUGGGCUAUCUUCAUCAUGCUUCAAAAUUAUACACAUCUGAAGAGGACGCAGCUGCCGAGUCACCGCUCGGUGAAGCUCUUGAAACGAUAACAUCAUUAUUGACCUCAGCGUCUGGGGAUUUCUCUGAGCAAAAUGAACUCGCCAUCAGAAACCUCGUCGAAAAAUUCAUCUCCAGACUUAGUGAAGCCAAUGGUGUGGACCCGGAGAGACGACAACUACCAUUCACUGCGAAGAAAUUGGAACACAGCAUCCAAGUCAGUUCGCAGAGGAAUAUUUCGUCCACAUUAGGUUUGACUGCCGCUGCCGUGGACCUCGAGGCCGCCAAUUCCCGCAAAGUUGAAUCCAAGGUCGACAAGAAGAAAUUAGAAAAGGCCGAGCGUAAAAUCCGGGCCAAGCAGGACAAGAAGAUUAUGAAAAAUGUCGAAUAUGAGGCUUCACGGUUACUUGACCUGCCAGAUGAGGCACAGUCAUAUGAAGAGUUCUUCAUGGCCGUCAAUCCUCUUCAACUUGGUGCUGACGCUCAGUCCAAGAGCAAGGACAUCAAGGUCGACGGCAUUGACGUAUCCAUCUCUGGUAAACGCAUUCUUACCGACACCAAUUUGACUUUGGCAUAUGGCCGUCGUUAUGGUCUGGUCGGCCAAAACGGUAUUGGUAAAUCUACAUUACUCCGAGCUUUGAGCAGACGUGAGGUGUCCAUUCCAACCCACAUAUCCAUUCUCCAUGUUGAACAGGAGAUCACUGGCGAUGACACACCUGCUCUUCAAGCCGUGCUUGAUGCAGAUGUCUGGCGCAAACAUCUGUUGGCUGAGCAGGACAAAAUCACCAAUCAACUGGCAGCACUUGAAGCCGAACGUUCGAAAUUGGCGGAUACAUCCAAAGACGCCGGCCGACUGGACCACGAAAAGGAUGGUCUCGAUAUCACUUUGGGAGACAUACAAGCUAAACUGAGUGAGAUGGAGUCAGACAAGGCAGAAUCUCGAGCUGCAAGCAUUCUAGCAGGUCUAGGCUUCUCAACUGAACGUCAACAAUUUGCCACAAAGACCUUUUCUGGUGGUUGGCGAAUGAGAUUGGCACUCGCAAGAGCAUUGUUCUGUGAGCCUGACUUACUGCUUCUCGAUGAACCUUCCAACAUGUUGGACGUCCCAUCCAUCACCUUCUUGUCGAAUUAUCUCCAGACCUACCCAAGUACCGUGCUCGUGGUUUCUCACGAUCGAGCGUUCCUAAACGAAGUUGCCACCGACAUCAUCCAUCAACACUCUGAACGCCUCGAUUACUACAAAGGAGCAAAUUUUGACUCCUUUUACGCGACCAAGGAAGAGCGACGCAAGACGGCCAAACGUGAGUACGAGAACCAAAUGGCACAACGUGCUCACUUGCAGGCCUUUAUCGACAAGUUUCGCUACAAUGCAGCCAAGUCAUCCGAGGCCCAGUCGAGAAUCAAGAAAUUGGAGAAGAUGCCUGUUCUUGAGCCCCCUGAGGCUGAAUACCUUGUCCACUUCAAAUUCCCAGAUGUGGAAAAGUUGUCACCUCCAAUUAUCCAGAUGUCCAACGUGGCAUUCGGGUAUACCAAGGAUAAACCUUUGUUGCGCAACGUGGAUCUUGACGUCCAGCUUGACUCUCGGAUUGGUAUCGUUGGUCCCAACGGUGCGGGCAAAACGACGGUGUUGAAACUGCUCAUCGGGCAGCUCACCCCCACUUCUGGACUGAUAUCCCAGAACCCGCGAUUAAGGAUAGGCUUCUUUGCCCAACAUCACGUCGAUGCUCUCGACAUGAACACAUCAGCCGUAGGGUUCAUGCAAAAGACCUACCCGGGCAAAACCGACGAAGAGUAUCGACGACAUCUCGGUGCUUUUGGCAUCACAGGCAUGACUGGCCUACAAAAGUUGGAGCUCCUUUCUGGUGGUCAAAAGUCCAGAGUUGCAUUCGCAUGUUUGUCGUUGACCAAUCCUCACAUCCUCGUCCUGGACGAACCAUCCAACCACCUGGAUAUUGAAGCGAUGGACGCUCUAUCGACGGCGUUGCAACAGUUCCAGGGCGGUGUGUUGAUGGUCAGCCACGAUGUCACCAUGUUACAGAACGUGUGCACCAGCCUUUGGGUAUGUGACAAGGGCACGGUCGAGAAGUUCCCAGGCGAUGUCAAUGCCUACAAGAAGAAAAUUACCGCUCAGGCCAACGAGGCUGGUGUUGUACAGGCACAUUAGGCACCCUAAAGAGAACGCAAGGCCUGCCUGUUGGGUGCAACGCAUCCGACCUAGAUCGCCCGAGCAGUCCGAGCUUCCAUGUGAGACAGAGAUUGAGAAACCGGCCAAUGAAGUCAAACGCACAACUCACCUGCCUAUACAAGCUUAGCUAUCGCCUUUCGUGCUGGCGAACUAUGACUAUUCUAUUUCACCUCUGCAUGUAGAGCGUUUCUACGAGCCGAUCGAAGCCUAUCUUAAAGACGAGCUCGGACAAGUCCGGCCGGAAGCGUUGUCGGUGGUAAAAUUUUACAUAUUGUCGGGUACACUUAUGCAUAGAUGCAAUAUAUCGGCAGAUCCUCUGUGACGCCGGCUUUUCGGGUGAUGGACGACGGAAUCUUUUUCAUGGGUCACUAGAAAAGCCCAUGCGUCAUGGCCCGAUUCGACGUAGCAAGAUAGACACUU